CCGCUGCACAAAGGAUGUGCGCGACUUUUCCGCUUCGUAGUGCCAGAGAUAAACAGCGAAUAUGACCGAACAUCGAUUUUAGCGUUAUCAUCUCCUUUUCUCUAAAUCAGACGAACCUAUUAGUCCACACAGAACUGGAGGAAAAGAUGAAGCUGAAUGGCCAAGUCAGCAGAUUUAGUGCUGAUGGUUGAUGCAACUGAGAUCCUCCAUACGCUUACUUUACUGAAAUAAUGGCGGAUGAAUAUGGAAAAAUGAAAGACUCUGAAAUGAGUCUCCAGGAGGAGCACAGACAGAGCCUAAGUGGAACUGAGAAAAGGUCAAACUCCCCUGUGUCCAGCUGUGCAUCCUUGAAGAGUGAUAACUCAAUGGCAGAACCUCUCACCUUUAAAGGGGGAUCAGGCCAUCAGGAAGGUGGAACUGAGAAAAGGUCAAACUCCCCUGUGUCCAGCUGUGCAUCCUUGAAGAGUGAUAACUCAAUGGCAGAACCUCUCACCUUUAAAGGGGGAUCAGGCCAUCAGGAAGGUGGAACUGAGAAAAGGUCAAAGUCCCCUGUGUCCAGCGGUGUGUCCCUGAAGAGUGAUAACUCAAUGGCAGAACCUCUCACCUUCAAAGUGGGAUCAGCCCCUCAGGAAAGUGAAACUGAGAAAAGGUCAAAUUCUCCUGUAUCCAGCCAUGUGUCCCUGAACAGUGAUCACUCAAAGACAGAACCUCUCACCUUCAAAGUGGGAUCAGCCCCUCAGGAAAGUGGAACUGAGAAAAGAUCAAACUCCCCUGUAUCCAGCUUUUAUAAGAGUGGCCACUCAGUGGCAGAACCUCUCACAUUCAAAGAGGGAUCAGCUCCUCAGGAAAGACCUGAGGAAAGGUCAAUCUCCCCUAUAUCCAGUUUGUCUAUGAAGAGUGACCAGUCAAUGGAUGAAAUUCUUACCUUCACAGAGGGAUCGGCCCCUCAAGAAAGUAACACUGAUCCCUCUGUAUCCAGUCAAGAGCCCAUGAGGAAGAAGCAGGCAAAAAAUAUCACUGUCCAUUUCACAAAAAAUCCAAUCUCCUGGAAAAGAAAGAAUUCAGAGUCACCUGGACAUAUAAAGCUGUCACCUACUGAGCGAAGACAGAAUUCAGAGUCACCCGGACGGUCAACCACUGAGGGAAGGGACCAUAAGGGGUCAGAGUCUACUGUGAAAAAUCGCAAGCUUCAAAAGAAGCGUACAGACUUUCUCUACAACAUCUUCAAUGAUCUUCAGAAAAAAAUCUUCGUGUUUAUAAAGCAUGAGCUGAAAAUGUAUAAGAAUCUUCUGAGAAAGGAAAACACAAAUUAUUACGGAGAUAUGAAGGAAGAAAUGUGGAAUUUAAGAGAGGGAGUUCUUACCAUGACGCUGUUCUUCCUGAAGAUGAUGGAACAUGAGGACCUUGCUGAGGCACUGCAAGAUGACCUAAUUGGAUUUCAACAACGCACACUCAAAUCAAAUCUGAGUAAAAAGUGUAAACAUGUGUAUGAAGGAAUUGCAAGGCAAGGAGAUUCCAAAAAUCUAGAUGAUAUCUACACAGAUCUCUACAUCACUGAAGGUGGACAGGGAAACAAAGAACAUGAAAUUGGACGUAUUGAAAACAACAAUGCAAAGAAAAAUGCAAACCAAAUGGAGCAAGAGAAACAAAUCAGAUGCAACACCAUGUUUGAACCAUCAUCUGAACAAGACAAACCCAUCAGAACUGUGAUAACUCAGGGGGUUGCAGGUAUGGGAAAAUCAAUCUGUGUCCAGAAGUUUAUUUUGGACUGGGCUGAAGGUGAAGAAUAUCAGGACAUCAAGUUCAUAUUCCCACUUCCCUUCCGAGAACUGAACUUGAAGAAGGAAAAUCAAAGUUUGAUGGACAUCAUCUAUUUUUUUUUCCCAGAGACACAAGGCCUGAGAUUCUCAGAUAAGUACAAAGUUAUGUUUAUCUUUGAUGGCUUGGAUGAAUGUCAGCUUCCUCUAGCCUUCCAUGAAAAUGCGACGUUGUAUAAUGCCUCAACAUCAGCCCCAUUGGAUGUUGUAAUGACAAACCUCAUCAAGGGAAAUCUGCUUCCCUCUGCUCUGAUCUGGAUAACCACUAGACCAGCAGCAGCCAGUAAGAUCCGUGCUGAGUUUAUUGACCGGGUGACAGAGUUGCGUGGUUUCAGUGAUGAGCAGAAGGAUGAGUACUUCAGAAAGAGAAUCAAUGACCAGAACCAGGCCAACAAAAUAAUUAAGCACAUCAGAGAAUCAAGAAGCCUCCACAUCAUGUGCCAUAUCCCUGUUUUCUGUUGGAUCUCUGCCACUGUACUUCAGAAAAUUUUGGAAGGAUCAGAGAAUAAGGAGACACCAAAGACACUAACAGAAAUGUACGCCUGCUUUCUGAUCUUUCAGGCUGUACAGGGGAAUGUGAAGUACUCUGGAAAGAAUGCCUUGGACACUCCCUGGGAUAAAAAAGGCAUUCUGUCACUGGGAAAGCUGGCUUUUCAGCACUUGGAAGAAAAUAGCCUCAUCUUCUAUACAGGACAUCUAGAAGCCUGUGGAAUUGACCCCAGUAAGAUGUCAGUGUACUCAGGACUGUGCACUCAGGAAACAGUCAGAUUUCUUGGCACAGUUUACAGCUUUGUGCAUCUGAGCAUUCAAGAGUUCCUUGCUGCAUUAUUUGCAUACAUAUCUCUCAGAAAUGAAGAUAAGAAUGUUUUAGACAAACAGUCCACAUCACUGGAGAGCAACAAACCGAAAGUAAUUGAUUUGCUCAAGACUGCAGUAGACAAGGCAUUGAAAAGCGACCAUGGACAUCUGGACCUUUUCCUUCGCUUCCUUCUAGGCCUGUCCCUGGAGUCAAAUGAGAGGCUUAUUCGAGACCUGUUGAAAGAAACAGGAGACAAUUCUACCUGCCAGAAGGACAUAGUUGAGUACAUCAAGUUAAUGUUCAAACAAAAUCCAUCUCCAGAGAGAUCAAUCAAUCUCUUCUACUGUCUGAAUGAGUUAAAUGAUGAUUCUCUUGUGAAAGAGAUCCAGAGUUACAUGAGCUCAGGAUGUCUCUCUGAAGCUGAACUCUCACCUGCACAGUGGUCAGCUCUGGUCUUUGUGCUGCUGACAUCAAAAGAGAAGCUGGAAGUGUUUGAGUUGCAGAACUACAUCAGAUCAGAUGAGUGCCUUAUCAGACUGCUGCCAGUGGUCAAGAAUGCUACAGCUGCCUUGCUUAGUAAAUGUAACCUGACAGAGAGAAGCUGCUCAGCUCUGUGUAAAGUUCUUAGUUCGGAAUCCUGCAGCUUGACUCGAAUAGAUAUGAGCAGCAAUGCUAUAAAUGACAAAGGAAUGGAGAUGCUUUCUGCCAGACUGAAGAGUCCUAACUGUAAACUGAAGAAACUGAGUCUUUCAUUCUGCAGUAUAACAGAGAAAGGAUAUGCUGCUCUGGCUUCAGCUCUGGAAUCAAACCCCUCAUCACACCUGGAAGAGCUGGAACUCAGAGGGAAUGAUCCUGGAGACACAGGAGUGCAGCUUCUUACUGUUUUACAAAAGGAUCCAAAGUGUAAACUGAAGACACUGAGCCUGUUGAAAAGUGAUGCUGCAGAGAAAGCCUAUGCUUCACUCACUGAAACUCUAGGAAAAAACCCCUUACUGCUAAGAGAGCUGGAUCUAAGUGGCAAAAUACAAGGAGGUUCAGGAAUGAAGCAGCUCUCUGCGCUACUGGAGGAUUCACACUGCAGACCUAAGACACUUAGCCUGAUCAAAAGCAGUAUUAGAGAAAAAGACUGUGCAGAUCUAUCAUCAGCUCUUUAUUCCAAUCCUUCACACCUGAUAGAGCUGGAUCUGAGUGAGAAUAAACUAAGAAACUCUGGAGUGAAGGAGUUCUGCGCACUACUAAAGAAUCAGAACUGUAAACUACAGAAACUUGGUCUUUCAUUCUGCAGUAUAACAGAGGAAGGAUAUGCUGCUCUGGCCUCAGCUCUGACAUCAAACCCCUCAUCUCAUCUGAUAGAGCUGGAUCUCAGAGGGAACGAUCCUGGAAAUACAGGAGUGAAACUGCUCACUGAUCUACUAGGAGAUCCAAAAUGUAGCCUGAAGACAAUUAGACUGUUGAAAAGUGCUGAUGCAGAGAAAGUCUAUGCUUCACUGACUGAAACUCUAGGAAAAAACCCCUUACUGCUAAGAGAGCUGGAUCUAAGUGGGAAAAUACAAGGAGAUUCAGGAAUGAAGCAGCUCUCUGCUCUGCUGGAAGAUUUGCACUGCAGACCUGAGAAACUUAAGCUGAAUAAGAGCAGUAUUACAAAGGAAGGCUGUUCUGCUCUAUCAUCAGCUCUUUGUUCAAAUCUGUCACAUCUGAGAGAGCUGGAUCUGAGUGAGAAUAAACUAGGAAACUUUGGAGUGAAGAAGAUCUGUGAUGUGUUGAUGAAUUCUCACUGUGAACUAGAUAAACUGGGACUUUCAGAUUGCUGUGUAACAGAGGAAGGAUAUAUUGCUCUUGCCUCAGCUCUGAAAUCAAACUGCUCAUCACACCUGAUAAAGCUGGAUCUCAGAGGGAACGAUCCUGGAGACACAGGAGUGGAGCUGCUCACUAAUUUACAGAAGCAUCAACAGCGUAAAAUGACACUGAGAUUAUUGAAAAGUGAUGCUGCAGAAGAAGCCUUUGCUUCCCUGACAAAAACUCUAGGAGAAAACCCAUUACUGUUAACAGAGCUGGAUUUAAGUGGUAAAAUACAAGAAGACUCAGGAAUGAAGCAGCUCUCUGCUCUACUGGAGGAUUUACACUGCAGACCUACGAAACUUAAGCUGGAUAAGAGCAGCAUUACAGAGGAAGGCUGUCGUUCUCUAUCAUCAGCUCUUUGUUCAAAUCCUUCACAUCUGAGGGAGCUGGAUUUGAGUAAGAAUAAACUAGGAAACUCUGGGGUGAAGCAUAUCUGUUCUCUACUGAACAAUCAGUGCUGUAAACUGCAGAAGCUGAAGCUUUCAUUCUGCAAUGUAACAAAGAAAGGAUAUGCUGCUCUGGCCUCAGCUCUGAAAUCAUCACACCUGAUAGAGCUGGAUCUCAGAGGGAACGAUCCUGGAGAUACAGGGGUGAAGCUGCUUACUGAUUUACCAGAGGAUCCAAACUGUAAACUGAAAACAAUUAGGCUGUUGAAACGGUCUACUGCAGAGGAAGUCUGUGAUUCUCUGACUAAAGUUCUAGGAAUAAACCCCUUACUGCAGAGAGAGCUGGACCUGAGUGGGAAAAUACAAGGAGAUUCAAAAAUGAAGCAGAUCUCUAAUCUACUAGAGGAUUUACACUGCAGAACUAAGAAACUUAAGCUGAAUAAGAACAGUAUUACAGAGGAAGGCUGUGCUGCUCUAUCAUCAGCUUUUUGUUCAAAUCCUUCACACCUGAUAGAGCUGGAUCUGAGUGAGAAUAAACUAGGAAACACUGGAGUUAAGCACAUCUGUAUUAUGUUGACGAAUUCUCACAUGAAACUUCAAAAACUGGGAUUUUCAAGCUCUAAUAUAACAGAGGAUGGAUAUGUUGCUCUGGCUUCAGCUCUGAAAUCAAACCACUCAUCACACUUAAUAGAGCUGGAUCUCAGAGGAAAUGAUCCUGGGGAGAAAGGAGUGGAACUUCUUACUGACCUACUACAGGAUUCAAACUGUAAACUGACAACACUGAGGCUGUUGAAAAGUGAUGCUGCAGAGAGCGCAUGUACUUAUCUGACUGAAGCUCUAGGAAUAAAUGUGUUACUGCUGAGAGAUAUGGAUUUGAGUGGGAAAAUUCAAGGAGAUUCAGGAAUAAAGCAGCUAUCUGCUGUACUGGAGGAUUUACACUGCAGACCAAAUAAACUUAAGCUGAACAGCAGCAAUAUUACAGACUGUACUGCUCUGGUAUCAGCUCUUCGUUUAAAUCCUUCACAUCUCAUAGAGCUAGAUCUUAGUGACAAUAAAUUUGGAAACUUUGGAGUUCAGCAGAUUUGUCCUCUACUGAAGUACUGUAAACUGCAGAUUCUGGGACUUUCAUUCUGCAGUAUAACAGAGGAAGGAUAUGCUGCUCUGGCUUCAGCUCUGAAAUCAAAUCCCUCAUCACAUUUGAUACAGCUUGAUCUCAGAGGGAAUGAUCCUGGAGAAUCAGGAGUGGAACUGCUCACGAAUCUACUAGAGAAUCCAAAAUAUAGCCUGAAGACAAUUAGGUUUCUGAGCACUCCUGCUGCAGAACAUGCCUGUGCUUCUCUAACUAAAAUUCUAAAAAGAAACCCAUUACUGCUGAAAGAUUUGGAUAUGAGUCAGAAAAUGCGAGGAGACUCAGAUGUGGAUCAGCUGUGUUCUUUACUGGAAGAUUCACACUUUAAAAUAAAGGAGCUUAGACUCAAUAAGUGUAAUCUAACCAAGGAAAGCUGCCUGACCCUAGCCUGCAUUCUCAACUUGGACUCCACUGUGAGAAAAAUAGACCUCAGUAACAAUGAUCUACAGGAUACAGGAAUGCAGUGUCUGGCUGCUGGACUGAAGAAUCCAAAAUGUAAACUGGAGAUUCUGAUGCUUAGUAAAUGUGAAUUAACGGCGGAAGGCUGUUCAGCUUUAGCUGAAGUUCUCAACUGUUUAUACCCCCACCUCAAAGAACUGGACCUGAGCAAUAAUAAUCUGCAGGAUUCUGGAGUGGUGCAGCUCACUGCUGGACUGAAAAAUCCAAUGUCUACACUCAAGAUAAUGAGACUGAGUAACUGCAGUAUCACAGAGAAAGGCUGUGCUGCUGUGGCUUCAGCUCUGGGAACAAAUCCAUCACACCUGAUAGAGCUGGAUCUGUGUGGAAAUAAAAUAGGACACUCAGGAGUGAAGCAGCUCUCUGAUCUACUGAAGAAUACAAACUGCAUACUACAAAAGCUUAUAAUCAGUUAUAAUAACAUCCAAGAAAAAGGAUAUGCUGAUCUGGCUUCAGCUCUGCAAUCGAACCCCUCAUCACACCUAAUAGAGUUGGAUCUCAGAGGGAAUGACCCAGGAGACAAAGGAGUGAAGCUGCUCACUAAUUUACAGAAGCAUCAACAGCGUAAAAUGACACUGAGGUUGCUGAAAAGUUCUGCUGCAGAGGAAGCCUGUAAUUCUCUGACUAAAACUCUGCAAGCAAACCCCUUACUGCUGAGUGAGCUGGAUCUGAGUGGAAAAAUGAAAGAAGACUCAGGAUUGAAGCAGCUCUCUGCUCUGCUAGAGGAUUCACACUGCAGACCUAAGAAACUGAAGCUGAAUAACAGCAAUAUUACAGAGGAAGGCUGUGCUACUCUAGCUUCAGCUCUUGGUUCAAAUCCUUCACACCUGACAGAGCUAGAUCUGAGUGGGAAUAAAUUAGGAGAGUCAGGAAUUAAGCAUCUGUGCAGUGUGCUGGAGAAUACACAAUUCAAACUCUGGAAACUGCAACUGAGUAAUUGCAGUGUAACAGAAGAAGCCUGUGCUGCUCUGUCAUCAGCUCUGAAAUCAAACCCUUCACACCUAGGAGAACUGGAUCUGACCAGAAAUGAAGUAGGAAACUCAGGAGUGAAGCAGCUCGCCGAACUACUAAAGAAUUCACUCUGCACUGUAGCAAAACUAAAUCUCAGAGCUUGCUGCCUCUCAGGAGAGGGAUAUGCUGCUCUGGCUUUAGCUCUGCAGUCAAACUGUUCAUCACACCUGAUUGAAUUGGAUCUCCGAGAGAAUGAUCCUGGAGACAAAGGAGUGCAGCUUCUUACUGAUUUACAAAAGAAUCCAAAAUGCAAACUAAUACUAAGAUUUUUGAAUAGUGAUGCUGCAGAGAAGGCUUGUGCUUAUUUGAGUAAAGUUUUAGGAAAAAACCCCUUACUUGUGAGAGAUCUGGAUCUCAGUGGGAAAAUACAAGGAGACGCAGGAAUAAAGCAGCUCUCUGAUCUGUUGAGGGAUUCACAUUGCAUACUGAAAACACUUAAGCUUAAUAACAUGAGUAUAACACAGGAAGGCUGUUCUGCUUUGGCAACAGCUCUUUUUUCAAAUCCUUCCCACCUGACAGAGCUGGAUCUGAGUGGGAAUGAAAUAGGAAACUCUGGAGUGGAGAAGCUCUCUGAUCUACUGAAGAAUGCAUACAGCAAACUCACAAAACUGAUUCUUUCAUUCUGUAGUUUGACCGAGAAAGAAUAUACUGCUCUAGCUUCAGCUUUGCAAUCAAACUGCUCCUCAUACCUAGUACAGCUGGAUCUCAGAGGGAAUGACCCUGGAGAAACAGGAGUGUCGGUUCUCAUUAAGUUACAAAAUGAUCCAAAAUGUAAACUGAAGACACUGAGGCUGCUGAAAAAAGCUGAUGCAGAGAUAGCCUGUGCUUCUCUGACUGAAGUUCUAGGUAAAAACCCCUUACUGCAGCGAGAGCUGGAUCUGAGUGGGAAAAUACAAGAAGAUUCAAGAAUGAAGCAGCUCUCUGCUCUACUGGAGGAUUUACACUGCAGACCUAAGAAACUUAAGAUGAAUAAGUGCAGUAUUACAGAGGAAGGCUGUGCUGCCCUGUCAUCAGCUCUUUGUUUAAAUCCUUCACACCUGACAGAGCUGGAUCUGAGUAAAAAUCAAAUAGGAAACUCUGGAGUGAAGCAGCUUUGUGCUCUACUGAACAGUCAGAACUGUAAACUGCAGAAACUGAGACUUUCAUUCUGCAGUGUAACACAGGAAGGAUAUUCUGCAUUGGCUUCAGCUCUGAAGUCAAACAAUACAGCAGACCUAAAAGCGCUGGAACUCAUAGGGAACGACCCUGGAGACACAGGAGUGAAGGAACUCACUGACAUAUUUGUGCGACCAAUGCAAACACUGAGGCUGUUGGAAUUGGAUGCAGAGAAAGCCUGCAAACAUCUUUAUCAAAUUCUGGAUAAAAACCCCUUACUGCAGAAAGAGUUGGAUCUGAGUGAAAAAGAAACAGAAAACAUCACUGUGAAGGAGCUGUCUGCUCUGUUGAAAGACCUACACUAUAGAGUGGAGAAACUCACGCUGUAUAAAUCAGGCAGUAAUAAAGAUGAAGACUGUGCUGAUCUGCUUUCCGCUCUCAUUUCAAAUCCCUCUCACCUAAGAGAUCUUGAUGUGAAUGGAAAUGAACUAAACAAGUCAGGAAUGGCGAAACUCUGUAAUCUACUGGAGAAUUCUCACUGUAAACUGGAGAAACUAAAGUUAGUUCAAAGUAUAGCAGAGAAUUCCUGUGUAGAUCUUGCCUCAGCUCUUUGUGUAAAUCCAUCAUAUAUUAGAGAGCUGGAUCUGAGUGAGAAUAAAUUAGGAGAUUUGGGAAUGAAGAAGCUCUGUGUUCUCCUGGAGAAUAAGAAAUGUAAACUACAGAAACUUCUGCUCAAGAAAUGCAGUAUAGAAGAGAAAAGCUGUGAAGCUCUGACUUCAGCUCUAACCUUAAACCACACACACUUAAGAGAGCUGGAUCUAUGUGGAAAUAAGCUAGGAAAGCCAGCGAAAGCACUUUCAGAUCUACUGAAGAAAUCAGGAUGCAAUCUGCGAUUGGAUGAGUCUCUAGGAGAACAGUUAAUUUCAUGGAUCAGUUCAUGGGGGAAAAGGUCUGAUACGCAGUCGGGUGGAAACAGUGCCAAAGUGAAUGUGGGUGAACAAAUACUGGACCAGACUGCAGUGGGCCAGGAUACAAGGAAUUUGGAUUACCAGACAAUGGACCCAAGAGCAGGGCAUCAAGGUACAGGGCAUGAGGUUGACCUGAAAAUGGGCCAGAGUGCAGUUGGUCAAGGUGGAGUGAAUCAGUAUGACCAGUCAAAAGAUCAUACUAAGUAAAACACAGAAACGGAUAGUACUCCACAUUCCUCAAAGAGAAGAGAAAGAAGAUUAAAUAAAAAGUGUUAAAUAACUUUGGCGUACAGACACUUAAUCACGGUCAAACCCAAUUUUUCUUUGAGCAGUGGUUAAAGCUUCUGUCCUACAGCAUUCCUGAGAAAAUGCAGCAUGGUGUAAGGGUGAAGCCUAAAUCUUACAGCAAAAUAUGGUGGGCUUUUAUAAUUAAUUAGAAUAACUGUUUCACUUUUAUGCAUGUUUAUUUAUGCAGAUUGUGUAAUUCUCACUGUUGAAUUGUAAUUUGAAGACUUGUGAGUUGAUGAAGGGUGUGUAAACUUGUGAUUUGUACAAAAGAAACUAUUUGAACCUCCCUUUUUGGGAGGUGCAGGAGAUGGCAAAAGAGGGGAAAGAGCAUUGUUUUCUGUAUCCCUAUGUUUAUUUGGAAUUUCCUAUGUGUACGAAUAAAACAUUUUGAAGUUC